CCAGGGAUCUAGACUGGAGACCCCUGUCGGCAGUCAGGAUUGAUCCUAAAAGCCGAGAUGGGGCAGCCCUGGUUACUGUCCUGUGUGUGUCUUAGGUGCCUGGAGCUCUAGGCUCUGGUGGAGCAGCAGCUGGAUUUAGACUGGAACCAUCUCUGGUGGUUGACAGCGCACAUAGUAUUAUAUGCCAUGAGGCACCCUUGUGGUUUGUGGGAGAAACACAUGCUUUGGGGCAGGUCCCUCCAACUACUCCCAGCUGGUCUGGGAGACAGAGCUGAAGAAUGUGUUUUCUGCUUCACUUCUGGUUUCUCCUUAGCCACUCCGAGUCUCAGUUUCCUCAUCUGUAACCUGGAGACGCCCCCCCCCGCCGCCAGCUGAGUCGCUCUGACAGUGUGGCACACGUUAGGCACUGGGUAAUGGGAGUUGCUGCUGGUAGUUUGAAGUCAAGCCACUUGUGGGUGGAGUGUAAGCUCUGGGUUUGGCGACGCCUGAAGAGGGUUCUUCUGCCCCCUCCACGCAAGCAAAUUGCUGACAGUGGCAAAGCCACGUUGCCAUGUUUAUGGGAAAACUGCUGCUUUGGUUUCGGGUUUAAAAGAAAAAAGAUACUUGGGUUUGGUUUCAUCUAGGGUUUGGCAAAUGCGUGUGGCUGGGCGGCCGCUGGGAUGCAGGUCCGGGAACGUGCAACUAGCCGGGCGUUAGGACCCGGAGCGCGUCUCCCGGACCCGGCGAGUCCAGGUCCGGGAGCCGCGGGAGGAGAGGCAUGAAUGAGAGGCUGGAGGGGUUCGCGGCUGAAAGGGCUGGCGGCGGAAUAGCUCUGCCGUCGCCAGGCAACCGUCCUGACGCAACGCAAAAAAAAAAAAAAAAAAAAGUCCCUUAAAAAAAGAAUAGUGCUGAGAAUUCACGGGAGCACGAGAGAGGAGGCAGGAGCCGGCUUAGCCCCCCGAGGCCGGGGCCAGAGGCUGCUGAACGGGGAGCCCGCGUCUUGAGGAGGAGGCGGGGACCUUGGUGACACCCCGGACGGGGCCUCUAAGCACCCUGAAAGGCGUGGGAGUGGAAGCCUUGGGUAACUCGCUGAGGUGCGGCACAGGACGCGGCGGACUGCCCUGCUCUGGGACAUACACUUGGGGGCCUCACCAGCCAGCAGCUUCCCGCUUCUCGCCACCCGCCCUUCCCCACGAGGAGGAGGUGCUUCCCCGCCCAUCUCUGAUCCGCCUGCAUCUCCAGAACUGAUAGAUCUUGGCAAAGCUGCCCCCAAAGAUUCCUGCUAAUGCUUGUCUGUUCCUGCCUUUUGCGAAGCAUGGCGCCCACAGGACUCCAGAAAGAUUCUUAAACCCGAAGCUCUGCAGCUGCUCCGGAAGGCACUCUGUGCAGCUCAUCCCCGGCCCCUCUUGGCUCUGGGAGCUGCCCACAUCCCAGCAAUGCCCUCAGGAGCCUUGGCCCCAGCUGGGUGACAUCAUUCCAGAGCAGGCACCAACCUUGCCUCACCUACCAGGGCUCCCUCAGCACCUCCACCACCUCCCAUGUCUGAUGGUCCCUGCAGACUCUAGAAUGUCUGUGCCCCAGAUCCAAGUGGAAGAAGAAGAGGGGCUGGCAGGAGCUGCCCCACCUCCUGACGACCACCUCCGGAGCCUGAAGGCCCUCACUGAGAAACUGAGGCUGGAGACCCGCAGGCCCUCCUACCUGGAGUGGCAGGCCAGGCUGGAGGAACAGGCAUGGCCCUUCCCGAGGCCGGCUGCUGAGCCGGGGGCAUGCGGGGAGGAAGAGCCCUCCCCACCGAGAGAGCCCGGGCAGCACCCCCCGCCUGGUGACAGUGCCAGCCAGGAUGAUGGGACCCGGCCCAGAGGCAAGCUGGAGGGCUUUGAGAACAUCGACGAAGCUAUAGCCUGGCUCAGGAAGGAACUGAUGGAGAUGAGGCUGCAGGACCAGCAGCUAGCCAGACAGCUCAUGCGCCUGCGCAGUGACAUCAACAAGCUGAAGAUCGAGCAGACCUGCGACCUCCACAGACGGAUGCUCAAUGACGCCACCUAUGAGCUGGAGGAGCGCGAUGAGCUGUCAGACCUCUUCUGCGACUCCCCGCUGGCCUCGUCCUUCAGUCUCUCCACACCACUCAAGCUCAUCGGAGUCACCAAGAUGAACAUCAACUCCCGGAGGUUCUCCCUCUGCUGAGAAGCCCUGGAACCAGGCAGAGGAGCCAGAACUGGGGGGUUGGGAGGCAGGGAGGAGGCAUGAGGAGGGGGUUGAGACCGAGUUACCCCAGAGGCAGGACUUCCCUGAGACCAGUGAACCCUGGACCCCCAGGACCUGUCAGCAGGUGAUCUCCCCAGGGCUCCAGUUUCAGAGCUCGACAUCCCCAUGACCGGUUCUCACCUAAUACCCAAAGAGUCCUGCAGAAGGGCCACUUGACCCAGACGUCCAAUGAGACCUGGGUUGCCAGCACGACACGUCUCAGUCCCCCCUCAGUGACCCAUAUUCUUGUUCCCUGGAAUCACUGGUGCUACGAGAACUGGGAUCCCAAACAGGGGGCCCCAAAGCCGUGAUUCUUGCCAAAGGCUUCCCCACAGGCCCUGAGCCACCAGAGAGCGGUGACUAGAUGUGUCAGAUGUGCCCACCUUGCUGUGGCUGUCCUCUAAGUACUGGCUCAAAUUCACCCUAAAUAGGUGACUCAACAACCUUGACAGGGACCCACCAGAAAAGGAAAACCAAAAGGAUACAAUGUAAGUUGUAUCCAUCUUGUGCCAGAGUAGUUUGGGUGCAGCAAGCACAGACACCCUCUGUUGCCUGCCUGGCCACAAGCACCAGUCCCAACCUCCAAAGAGUCCCUUUGCCAUCACCCCACCACCCUGGGGGCGUGCCUAGGAGACCACUGGUGACUGACCAGGCAGCUCUGUCAGUGAGUUUCCCGUAACUGAAUUCUCCCCGGGGCCAGCCAAGGCCUCCUGGUGGAUUCUGACAAUGUCACCUACGUCACCUCCUUGCCCUUCCCAGAAAAACUCGAGGGAGCCCAGACACUUGCCCUGAGCUCUUCCGAGAUUCUGUGCCUAAUUUAAAUGACUAAUUUUAAUUGAAUCAGACUGUUACUAAUCUGUUACUAACCUGUUAAUAACUGUUUGAUUUGUCCAAAUGGCGAAGCCAGAUGGGUAGGUGAAGUACAGAGGUUCAGGAUUUUAUUUUAAAAGGUUCUCCCUAAUGCCAAGCAUGAGGAUCAAGAAGGUGAGAGCUGAGGCCUGAACAGGUGAGGGAAGUUAGCCUGGGAGAGUGCCUCGCGUCAACGUUCCCCGCCAGCUGGCAGUCUCUGACCUUUGAUGUCAUCCGGCCGAGGCCUCUCCUUCACAAAGGAGUACAGUGAGGCCACGGAAGGAGAGAAUGACUUCCCUCCGGCCACACAGCUCAUUAGUGGCCAUAGAAUAUUGAUGUGUUAAAUCAUUAUUGAUAAUGCCUGGACAGAUCCUAUAGCAACGAACUUGAACUCCAAAGAUGGUCCUAAAUGCUUUGCCAAACCCUACAAACUGCCAACCUCUACUCUCUGCCUCAUUCAGCCCCCACUAGCACCUCCCAUUCUGCAGUUCAGAAUAUUUGGGUCUCACUCAGAGCAAUGUCUGGACAGCAGGCCCACAGAACACACGUCACCAGUCACCCGUAGUCAAGGUAAGCUGUCCUGCUGCUCUGACAUUCCCCGUUUCGUCUUCCCAUAUAAUCACACUGGGGCACGCGCGCACGUGCACACACACACACACACACACACACACCACCCCAGGACCCACACUGGGAAAACGUUGUUUUUCUUCUAUGGCCUGGGAGUGGAAAGAUGCAAAUGAGUGGUCUCUAGUUCGACAGAAAAGAAGUUGGUCUGUUCCUCAUGAUUUCAAAGAGCUGGGGGGUGUAUGCUUUCUUCAAAGAAGUUUUAACCAUGUGGCCAAGUUUGCUUUGGCCCAACGCUGAGCAGUGACAGAGGUCUGAGGCCCAGUGCACUCAUUUAUGGAGACCUCGGAGGAAGGCCAGCCCCCUCGGGCAGGAAACGAGGGAGAUUUUCUCUACUCAGUGGUUUCUCUGCUUAGGAAUCCGCACAAGCACUGCCAGGGCCCACAGAGGCAUUGCUGCCAGCCUUCUGCCAGAUGCGCCCCGAGGUCAAGGUCAUGCAGUAUCAGGAGGGCCUGUGCAUGCUCACCAUACCCCCUACACGUGUAUGUGUAGACACACAUACAUGGGAAAGCUCAUUCCAUAAUCAGGGGGGAAAAAGGCCAACCUGAUUUUGUUUCUUUCUAGAAAUUAGUCAUUGCAGUAACCAAAAAAGUUGGAAUCAACUACAGUUGAAUGAUUUAGUUGAAUUUCAUCAACCCGAUUGAAUUGGAGUCAGCUGGGCAAUUUAGUUGCUCAGUUGUCCUAAUACUUACUUCUCCCCCCACCCUUCUUUUUUUUGUUUUGUGAGAGUAAACUGAGUUCAAGGCACACUUUUUUUUUUGCAUAGGUGCGAUAUCUCAGCUGUUUUGCUUGGUUCAUCCUCAGAGAACUUUAUUUUGAGAUAAGGAAGAAGGAGAAGGAGGAGGGGGUCAGAGAAGAGAGCUGGAGGGGAACAGACAGGUGUCUUUUCCUACUCGCUGUUCGGUGUCUGUUAUUUCUGUUGUUUCCACAGUCAACACAAGUAAUUACCCAAGUCAGUUCAGCUUGUGAAGUCCCCGCUCUGUGUGGGGCAAGAGAUGCCAGCUCCCCAGGACAACCUUAUGGCUUACCACGUGUAUACGAUACUGUCCUCAGUUUUACCCACUGUCAACCGUCUCCCUGCCCUCCCCGAGGGCCCCUAGGUGUAAAUCUCAAAGUCUCCAUUGACACUCCCGUGUGCAGCGACAUCCGAUGCCUUCACGGGCCCCGCCGAGGUCACAGAGGCCCGGAGGGCCGGCCCCAGGCCUCCCCCUCGUAGCAAUACCAAGUGCUAUUACACAAUUGAUGGACAAUUGCUAAUUUUAUUUUUUACGAUUAUUUGUUUCUAUACUGAUGUUAGAAAAAGUGAAAUAAAAGUAUUU